GUGGCGCCUCCCGAACCCCCAGCAGCCCCAGAACUCACCUCCAUGGUCGUGUGGCAGCUUAAGAGCGAGAGCUGCGCGGAGUUGCGCGCCUUCGAGGCCCGCCGCGCCGCGCAGAUCGACAAGUUCCAGGCGCGCGACCGCGCGUACUGGCGCCAGUUCCAGGACGAGAUCCGCCGCGCCGGCGACGAGAACGCGCGGCUGCUGCGCUUCUUCGCGCUGCGGAUGCAGGCCGACUUGGCGUACGCGGAGGCGCUGCGCCAGACGCGCGCGGCGCUGGACGCCCCAGCGAGCGAAGGAUCCGCAGGUAGCGACACGGAGCAGCUCAGCGUGCAGUCGUCGGUGGCCAAGGCGCUGCACGCAGUGGGCGAAGUGCAGCAACAGCUGGCGGAGAAGCUGGUGCAGCUGACUACAGUCGUGAAGCGCGAGGUGACGGCCAAGCCGCUGGAGGAGAUGGCGGCCACGUACAAGGAGAAGAUGGCGACGAUGCUGAGUGAGGGCGAGAAGCUGGACGCCAUGCUGUUCCAGUCGCAGAAGAACGUGCUGACGGCGUUUGGCAAGUACGAAGAGUUGUUUAAGCAGAUGGAGGCGGAGGAGGAGAGCGACAAGGAGGCGGCGGUGAAGAGGCAGGACCUGUGGCUUGCGGAGAUGAACUACUGCAUCAAUGUGCAGAAGCUGCAGCAG